AUGACAGAAGUCUCUAAAUCAGUAGAAGAAAUACCAAAAGAAAGAAUUACUAAAGCUGUAAAGCAAUUAAAUCUUUUUGUUAAAAGAAAACUGGAAGAAGAAGAAAAAAAUGGCAAUGAUUUGCUUGGUGCUGACAUAGAAGAUAUUGACCAAAAUGUCCAUUUAAUUGCUGUUAAUGCCACUUCUUUCUCCGGAUCUGUCAAACAAUUUAAACUGAAAUUAAUUGACAUCCAACAUUCCCUAUACAAACCAUGGAAACAAAACAGUAUCACCGCAUUAAAAGACUUCAAAUGCCUUUUGAUUUUAAAGGAUACAGACGUCGAUAAAAUUAGUCAGGAUGAUUUAUUUGAUUCUUUAAACGAAGAUAAUAUCAUAAUCGAUGAACUUAUCUCUGUUAAUACUUUGAAAACGACUUAUAAGGCUUUCGAAUCAAGAAGAGCUUUUAUACAACAAUUUUCUUUGAUUUUAGCAGAUGAUUCUGUAAUUACAACAUUACCUAAACUAUUAGGUGGGAAAGCAUUCAACAAACUAGAGACUACUCCAAUAUCAAUCAAAACCUACUCUUCAUCCCAAAAAAAGUUUUCUAAAGAAACUUUAAUUAAUUCUAUUAAAAAAGUUUAUUUACAUAAAUUGCCAGUUAAAUUACCCCGUGGUACAACUUUGAACGUUCAUCUAGGUCAAUUGAAUUGGUUUAAUGAAUCAGAUUUGGUACAAAAUGUGGAAUCUGUUACAAAAUAUUUGCUUGAUAAUUAUAAAAUUAGAUUGAUUUUCAUUAAGACAAACAAAUCACCUGUCUUACCGUUAUAUUAUAAUAAUGACGUUAUUGACGACUUAGUUACAGGCGAAAAGAAAGUUGAUGAGCAUGAAACUUCUAAAGAAAAAGUCACUAUCGAUGGUAUUGAAGUUGAAUUAUCUAAUUUCGAAAAAUCUUUACUGGAAAUUGCUAAUCCAAAGAAAUUAUCUAUAAUCUUCUCUAAAAAUAUUAAAGAAGCUAAAAGGUCUAGAGUUAGCGAGGAGGAAGAAUCCAAGCAAAGUGAUAAUACUUCAAAUGAACCAGAAUCUAAGAAAUUAAAAAACUAA